CGUGAGUAAGCGCCUUUCCGGAUGCUGCACACACGCACACAUCGUGUCACAGCGGAAGACUGAGUGUCUAUCUGUGUCUCUGCCGGUCACAUACGUGUAAUGGGUGGGUGGUAUUCGAUGUAGCGGCCGGGUGUGCCGGGCGGGCCGGGCAGCAGUGGAACAAGCCGGGGCGGCGGGACUGAUGAUAUGCAAACACACAGGGCGCGUGUUGUGUUGUGCGACCCACUCACUCAUUGUUCCAUUUGUUACUUGUCUCUGGCUCGACGUAUUUCCUCAGCGGAGCGAUCUGUCCGCGUCGUGAGGGAGGCCACACCUCGCCCGUCUGCUGGUGGAUGGCGCCCGACUUUUUGAACAGAGCGCCGGUACGAUUCACCAACACGCGAAGACCUGCACACAUGGACAGCGAGGGGGAGACAUGAUCAAUUUGCCUGAGUGUGUGUGUCGUGCCUGGUUUGGGUGUUGGCCUUGUGGAUUUCCUCUCUGCGAUGGCGGCAGGUCGCGGCGGCAGGCGACGCACAGCCACGCCGGCGACAGGCGGCGGGGUUGGGGAUGGAGCAGCCACGAGACACGGCCACGGAGACGCACACUCACUCGCAAAGCGCCUGAAUCAUAUGCACACACACGGGCACGUGAAUGUGUGUGUGUCUCCUUUUCUGUGUCUUGCCUUCUGUCCUCUUCGGUGGCAUCCGUGAAGUCUCUCUCAGCGGUGCACACGCCCUUCUUCGUGCUGCUGCUGCCCUGCACGUGUGGCGGGGGGCGACACACGCGGCCGCUCUUGGCGAACACGCUGGCCGCCUCACUCCACUGGUCGGGGCUGAUGAACAGAGAUACGAAUGUAUGAAGUGCCUUUCUCCCUCUUGUCUCGUGUCUGUCUCACCAUGGUGCCUUCCAGUCGAUUGGGCACUCGUCGAUUUGGCACGGAAAGAACAGUGGGUUGCACUGCCGCUCGAUGUCCGCUUGUCGCCCUCAUCGAGCAGGAGGAAGGACCUUCGCUUGAUGCCGCAUGUGUUGCCGCCGGUCGCGAUGUCGGCCGGCUCUUCACAGCUGCCGUCCUCCGGUGUGUACACCCAGCCAGCAGGACACUCCUACUCUCUCUCUCUGUCACUCACACAGACACAGAGGAAUGAUCGCUGCCUGGCUGCAUGCCAGCCUUUUGUUGACUCACGGCUGUGUAGUUGCGGAUGCACUGAAACGGACCGCAAGGCCACACGACUGAACCUGAUAGAUGCAUACGCACACACAGGUGCUCUGGCUGUCUGUGUCUGGCGGACUAGCUAACUUACAUUUUUCUGCAAAGUCGAAUUUCAUCUUGGGUGUCCAGUAUUGAAAGUUGACCACAUUCUUGCAGCGACCACCGCGAUGCUCACUGCAUCGCAUCCACACAGACACAUGGCCAUUCAUAUGUUCAUGGAUGUCUUGGACGGAACCUGAAGUCAGGUGGUGCGUGGCACUCGUGGCUGCCGGUGUGUGUCCAUCGCUCGGGGCAGAGUGUGUCCAUCUCCAACUCACAGUGACGCGCACACGGCCUGCAGGCAAGGAGUGGCAUCCUGUGUCUGUCCUACGUGCUGACCCACCAGUCGGCUUGACAUUCUCGCGCCCAUUUCUGCUUGGCGAGUAUGCUCAAGUUGCGGAAGUCCAUCGGGCUCUUGCACGGGCCUUGGUAAGUGAACAUGGGAAUGCCUGACAGACAGACAGACAGACAGACAGACAAUGGAAUGUGCGCUGUUUGUGUGCCGCCAGACAUACAUGUCUCUUCGUCGCUCUGAGGUGCGAAGGGCUCCGGACACGGCGCCUUGUCUGCAUCACACACACACACACACACACACACACAGAGCCACAGACCCAAAGAGAGAGAAAGGGCAAGCAGCAGUGUCGACUGGGAGGCUUGUCAGUGCAUCCCCCUCACAGUUGCGCCCAUGUUUGCACGUGCGGUCAUCAUGCAAACACGGGAACUUGCACCCGCACGUCGCCGCCCACUCAGCCUUCGUCACGUCCAACCUAAUUGAUCGAUGGAUGGAUGAAGGACACAGCACAUACAAAGAACACACAAAGGAGAUGGACGGCAGAGAAGCUUGUCUGUGUCUGACUGUGUGUGACUGACCAUCCUUCGAAGGACACGCGAGGUUCGCAGAGGCCGUGCUUCUGAUACUCCUCGUCUGCCUGGCAGAAGUAGUCGCCGUUCUCGUCCUCGACCAUCGUCCAAUUCAUCGGACACGGCGCGUGAGUGUCCCGACCGCCCGGGCACUCGGCAUCGACCUGAGCCUUCCUGUUGAUCUCUUCAAUGUCCUCGUUCGCACCCUCAACGACAUUCGACUCCAGUCGACGAAUUGUCAACGGGGUGAGAGCCGCCGCCGACAGACGCGUCUUUGCGGCCGCAUCUGUCGGCUCUCCGGACGACAAGAGGCCGAGAACUUGAGUGUCCUCGGCUGCCUCGCCGGCCGUGUCUUGAGAAGACGAUGAAGACACAGACAGCAGUCUGAGAGAGGAUGAGUGAGCGAAGCCGAGGAGGGAUGCGCAGACACAGACAAGAGAGAGGAACGACCGCAUCGUGGAUCUGCUUGCGUCGAUUUGGGACACGCCGCGAUUACUUUUGGCAAUUUCGUUUACUUUUCAUUCGUAAAC